CUUUUUUUUAUAGGUUUUAGUAUAUAAGUUAUAAUAUAGAUUUGUAUAUCUGGAAAUUUAAUUCAUGUUUUCUAGCAGAAUGCAGCCCUUUUUAUUCAUUCCAGGAGACCUAAGAAGUUCUCUGAUUCAAGGAAGAUUUCCCUUACGCCAUUUGUUCUUUUUUUCUGCCUCUGACCAUUCCUUUAGCAGAAAUAAUAUUAAACAAAACUUGUAUAUAUUUUAUCGUGGUAAUCCUGUCAAAAAAAGUAUUAGAACUAUAUUUCCCUCUCAUGCUUCAAGACAUUCGUGUAGUAUAUCAGCAGAAGUUAAUGGAAUGCAUUGGUUAAGAUGUUUCAACACUUCGACCGUACUGUAUAGUGAAACUGAUAUUCUUGUACCUCCGUUCCCUAAAUAUGUUACUGAAGGAGAUGUAAUGUGGAUUAAAAAUGUAGGCGACAGAAUCUACUACAAUGAAGUGGUCUGCUACGUUGAAACCGAAAAGUUGGUUUUGGAAGUGCGUUCGCCAGGAGACGGCAUAAUACUCUCAAGAUAUGUAGAUAACGGACAAAUUGUAAAGGCUAAACAGAAAAUAUUUAAAAUAAAAUUUCGGGCGAAUCAAAGUGGAACGAAAAAAAAAGAAAACUUAUUCGAGGUCAAACCAAUCCUGGAAAAAGUCCCUGUUCCAAUUGAAGAACCACCACUGCCAUCUGAAUCGAAACCUCAGCCACAAACACCCGAACCCUUUAUCGAAAACUCUUUGCAGAUACAAAGAAAAAAGAGAUCUUUUGAACCUUCUGAAGUCAAAAUUGACACCAAAAUUUUUCCUAUGCGAAAUUCUAGAAAUGAAUAUAAAGAUAAACUGAGUGAAAAUUUAUUCGAUAUCAAACCAAUCCUGGAAAAAGUCCUUGUGCCAAUUGAAGAACCACCACUGCCAUCUAAGUCGAAACCUCAACCACAAACAUCCGAACCCUUGAGCGAAAACUCUUUGCAGAUACAAAGAAAAAAUAGAUCUUUUGAACCUUCUGAAGUCAAAAUUGACCCCAAAAUUUCUCCUAUGGAAAAUUCUAGAAAUGAAUAUAAAGAUAAACUGAGUGAAAAUUUAUUCGAUAUCAAACCAAUCCUGGAAAAAGUCCUUGUGCCAAUUGAAGAACCACCACUGCCAUCUAAGUCGAAACCUCAACCACAAACAUCCCAACCCUUGAGCGAAAACUCUUUGCAGAUACAAAGAAAAAAGAGAUCGUUUGAACCUUCUGAAGUCAAAAUUUUUCCUAUGGAAUAUUUUAGAAAUGAAUAUAAAGUUAAACUGACUGAAAAUGUAUUCGAUAUCAAACCAAUCCUGGAAAAAGUCCUUGUGACAAUUGAAGAAUCACCACUGCCAUCUAAAUCGAAACCUCAACCACCAACAUUCGAACCCUUGAGCGAAAACUCUUUGCAGAUACAAAAAAAAAAGAUAUCGGUUAAAUCUUCUGAAGUCAAAAUUGACCGCAAAAUUUCUCUUAAGGAAAAUUCGAGAAAUGAAUAUAAAGUUAAACUGACUGAAACAAGGAAAAUGACUGCUGAGAGGAGAAAAAAAACACAAAACGAGGCAGUCUUGCUGACUAUUUUCAAUGAAGUUGAUAUGUCAAAUACGAUAGCUUUCAGAAAGGCACAUCAAGAAUCCCUUAAGAAGAAAUAUGGAAUCAAUAUAGGCUUCAUUUCGACGUUUAUUAAAGCAGCGUCGUAUGCACUCCAGGAUCAGCCGAUAGUCAAUGCCUGUAUAAUAGGAAACGAAAUAGUUUACAGAGACUAUAUAGACAUUUCAAUAGCAGCCGCUACACCGAAUGGUUUGGCCAGACCGGUUAUAAGAGAUGUUUCUUUCAUGAACUUUGUUGAAAUCGAAAACAGGAUCAAAGACUUAACUGAAAAGGCUUUGAAAGGAGAAUUAUCCGAUGAUGAUAUUUAUGGAGGUACUUUUUCUGUAAGCAAUAGCGGAGUUUUUAAUUCAUUUAUGGGGACACCGAUCAUAAAUCCCCAACAAUCUGCAACUUUGGGAAUUAAUACAACAGUGGAAAGACCUAUGGCUAUCAAAGGAAAGGUUGUCAUCAGGCCGAUGAUGUACGUCGCUGUCACAUACGAUCAUCGGCUGAUUGAAAAUCGUGAAGCAGCUCUUUUCCUUCGAAAAGUAAUAAAAUGUGUGGAGGAACCAUUGAUAAUGAUAACUGGAAUAUGAGGAUUGAAUACAAAGAUUGCUGUCUAAACACUUUAUAAUUAAAAUUGGUAAUAAAAACAAAAACUUUUUUUAU